GACGACUAAGUUUUAGCCAACACUACCUUUGCGCUGCAGUUGCUAUCGCCCCAGAGCAUUACUGUAAUGAACAGCGCAUAAAUAACGUCCAAUCUGCAGCUGCUCCUGUCCGACGCUAAAUCGAGGCCCCUGGCAACACGACAGAGGCCGAAGCUGCUUUGUAUUCCGACAUAGGUCGCGUUUCCCGCUUUGUUACGGCCUCAAGUACUUAACAACAUUCGGGCAGCCUGACGGGCUGCCCGGUCACAAACAGCUCGCUCGGUCCCGGGUCAACUUCUUGCGCGAUGCACCAGCCGCACGCGCGCUGAACUCACGUCCGCUUGAUGCCGCGGGCUCGAUUCCGAGCUGCCUCAACAGCGGUGGCGCUGCUGGCGCUGCUGCUGGUCGUGCAGUGCCCGCCGAGCGCCCAGGCAGCUCGCGGCGAGCCUAGGCGCCCGCGCGUCUCCCGCUCCCCCAGCGAGAGCGAGUCGGGGGACAACGCCUUUGGAGACGACUAUGUCUCGCCACUCACCAGCGGCCUAGCUCCUAGCAGCAGUAGUAGCAGCAGCAACAGCAACGCCGGCGGUGUCGACGGCGCGGCGGCUGCCGCUGCCGCAGGCUCCGGCGGCUCAUUCCCGCUGGAUGCACUGGAUUUGGAUCCAGACACGGCCAGGCGCGCCGCCCUGCGUGAGCAGCUGCUGGCUCGAGCUGCCGCCGCUGCGGCCGAGCUGCGGCCGCCCGGCGACCCGGAGCGGCUGGCGGCUGCUACUGCGGACGGGGCGGCGCUGCUACUGCUGGAGCAGGUCGUGCCGCCUCCUCCGCCGCCCCACUCGUAUGAGGGGCUGGUGGCGCCCAGCCCUGUGGGGUCGCACGGGGGUGGGGGUGCGGGUCCGGGUGUGGACCUGGCCGCGCCCUGGCUGGACCGUGUGCCCGUGUCCGGCGCCUUCGCGGAGGGCGUGCAACCCCAUGCCGCCCCCGCCCCAGCUCCUGCCUCGACCGCCUCUCCCACCUCAAGCGGGGAGCUGGGCGCCACCAGCAGCAGCAGCAGCAGCAGCAGCAGCAGCAGCAGCAGCAGCAGCAGUCCCUCGCCGCGCCGCAUCGGGCCCGCCUCCAUGCCACUGGCCAGUCCGCCCCUGCCGCCCGCACACGCGACAGCAACUAGUUGGGGUGGGGGUGGCGGGGGUGGUCAUGGGGAGGAGGCCUCGGGCGCCGCCGCCGGCACGGUCCACACGGCGACGCCGAGCCUGGACGCGGCGGCGGCGGCGGAGGAGCAUGGGAUCCAAGUCCUGACGAGCCGCAGCCGUGGGGGCGACAGUCAUAGGAUCCAGAAGCCAGGCCAGGAUGCCGAAGCAACAGCAGUAGCAGGAACAGCAGCAGCUGCAGCAGCAGCAGCGGCUCGCAAGCCGCACCUGCUACUGCCGCGCAUCGCGCCGCACAUGGGCCGGGGGCUGGCCCACGACCGCUGGGCUGUAGCGGCGGCCGAGGCGGCGGCGGGCGUGGCGGCGGCGGGUGGCACCAGCAGUGCGGCGCGGCGGCGGCGCCUGGGCACCAAUGCGGACUACAGCUACUGCCUGACGUCACCGGGUGCGGACUGCUUCCCCUGCAUGAGCGGAUACGACGACGAUCCGUGCGCGACGGACGACCUGUACGGCCGCGAUGACACCAAGUGCUCCAUGCCCUACUACUUCUACGGCAAUGUGGAUGAUGAGAGCAUUUGCGGCGACCUGGUCCGCCCCACCAACAUUGGGGAAAUGCCCCUGGAAGCAUGGCUGGGGGCCGCGGGCGGGCCGCAGCAGCUGGUGACAGUGGGCCAGAUGCUGGUGUUCAUGCAGAUGUCGGGCAUGCUGACCGUGACGCUGCGCCUGGACUGCCCCUGGCUGGCGCUGGCCGACCCCGCCCGCCCCGGCGCGGCUGUGCGGCUGGGGCUGCGGCACCCCAACGGCACGGAGUGGGUGCGCUGGCUCAACACCAGCGCCACAGGGUCGCGCUUCGUCAGCUGCGCCUCCUUCAGCGUGCAGGCCAAGUCGCUCAACGCCUCCCGCCCCGGUGACAACGGCUGUGACCCGCUCACCUACACCGCCUCGGUCAGCUUUCUGGCGGAGACAUACCAGGCCGACCCCGGCCCCGACGCCGACACGCCCGGCACCUGUACCGUCAACGACCCCACCACAGCCAACAGCAGGUUUUCCUUCUCCCUGGACUACACGCCCAUCCAGUUCCAGCCGCCCAGCCCGCCGCCCCUGCCGCCGCCGCUGCCGCCCCGCCCGCCCUCGCCGCCGCGGCCCUUCGUGCCCGACAUGCCCGAGGAGCCGCCCGCCAUGCCGCCCUGGCCGCCCUCGCCGCCGCCCCUCCCGCCGCAGCCGCCACAGCCGCCGUCGCCGCCGCCGCCCGCGCCGCCUCAGGCCGGCUGCCUGCGCGUCACGGCACGAACAGGAAAACUGUACACGGACAGCACCCUAACUGAUUCCGGUAACAUCACCGUAGCGGCGGUCAACGCCCGGACGAUACGGUUUGACAUUUCGUUGGCGGCGGGCCGUUUCCUAACCGCCGCGCCAACCGCCAUCGGCCUGGACAUGGUCCCGUACUUCUCCGGAAUGGCGCUGCCGUCGUUUUGCCCCCAACCGUCGUCGGUUGGCACACCGCAGAGCGAGAUCAACUACGUUGGCGGUUACGGUUACCGCACGUCGGCGCCGGACUGCGCCAACCGCUCCAACCAACUGUUCGUUGACGUGUCGCGCGUCAUCGACUGCUUCUACGUCAAUGGCCCCGUGUCGGCCACCUACCACGUGUGGCUGGCCCUGGACACCGCGGCCUCGUCCUGCUCGUCCCCCUCCCCCACGGGUGCGCUGUGGGCCGGCACCACUGUGAGCCGCCUGGCUCUGGCGGGUGGCUGCGCCUACCUGCCCGUCACACUGGUGUGCGACAACAGCUGCUACCAGCCCCCGCCGCCCCCGCCGCCCUCGCCACCCAGCCCCACGCCGCCCUCCCCCGCGCCGCCCAGCCCGGCGCCGCCCAGCCCCGGCCUGGCCCCCGGCGACCCCCUGCUCACCUCCGGCCUCAACGGCCUCAACGGCACACUGCUGCAGCUGGACUACAACUACCUAACCGCCACAGCGCAGUUCCAGGGUGACUCGCCGUACGCCUCCUGCGAGCCGGCGGUGACUGGUGCCCUGGUGGACACGCUGUCAGGCCUGCUGUCCUUCCCCGCCGCCUCCAUGACCACCGCCUGCGCCGCCGCGCCCACGUCCGGCAACACAGCCCGGAGGCGGCGGCAGCAGGAGGCGGAGGAGGAGGCGGGCGAGGAGGAGGCGGCGGCGGAGCAGCGGCGCCGGCUGCAGCAAGAGGCGAGCUGCUUCCCCAAGGUCAAGACCGACAUCACCUUCAAGGUCCCCCCCUCUGUCCCGCUGGAGGGCUUCAAGGCCGCGGUGUACGGCGCCCUGCAGUCGGGCGGGCUGGCGGGCGUGUGUCCGCUGGGGCUACUGGCGGGCAGCUGGGCAGUCACCGGCGCCGUGGUCCGCGCACUGGCGGCCCCCGGCGGCGCCUUCCCCAACUGCCAGGCCUUCAGCUCCGCGGUGCAGUCGGCCCUCGCCGCCGCCGCCACUCCGGGGGCGUCUGUGCAGGGGUGCCAGGUGGUCACCUACUACGGCGCUCUGCCCACUGAGACCUCGGGCGGGGCGACCGGCGGCGGCGGCGCAGCGGCAGCGGGCGGCGGCGGCGGCAGCAAGCCACCCUUCGCCAUCAUUGGCGCCGCCAUCGGGGGUGUAGUGGCGCUGGCGGCGGCGGCGGCGGCCUAUAUGUGGUGGAAGAAGAAGCAAGCCGGCUUCAACGUGUCGGCCAGCGCCGAGCCGGGCAUGGCGGUCGGCGCCGCCGCUGCCGCCGCCGCCGGCGCACCGCCGGGUGCCGCGGGCGCGCCGCCAGGCCACGCCGGCGGCCCCGGCGGCCCCGCCGCCAAGGCCGGCGCCCCGCCCUUUGGCGCCGGCCCCGAAGACGCCGCCGCCGCCGCUGGGGGCGGCGGGCCGGAGGGUGCGGCUCACUGGGCCUCUCAGCCGCCCGGCACGCCCUUCGCACAGGACGGCGCGGCCGCCGGCGCAGCCGCGGCGGCGGCGGCAGCCGCGGCCGGCGCAGGCGCCGCCGCUGCCAAGGCCGGCGGCGGCGGACUGUUCUCCCGGAUGCUGCGCGCUGUGGGUCUGGGCGGCGGCGGCGGUGAGGCCGCUGGCGGUGCCCCGCCCGCUGCCGGCGUCGCCGCUUCCGCCCAGCUCACAAGUGGCGCCUGGUCCGAUGACGUUCCCCCAAUGCCCGGCGGCGGCGGCGGUGGCAGCGCUGUCGACGCCGCCGCCAUUGCCGUGGCGGGUGCCGGCGCCGCCAUGGGCGCGGGGGCGCUGUUCCGCAAGACCAAGGCCGACCUGCCCGCCAUCAAGGCCAAAGCAGGCAAGGGCGGCGCCGGCGCCAGCGGCGACGGCGGCGGCGGCGGCGGCGACGCCGAAAGCCCCGGCGGGUCCUCCGAGGGCCUGUCUGCAGCUUCUGCCGCCGCCGCCGCCGCUGCAGGAGGUGGCGGCGGCGCCGGCGGACCCGGCGGCGACGGCAUCCCUACCCUCGGCGACAGCGCCUCGCCUGGCGGCGGCGGCGGCGGCGGGCCGGAUGCCUUCGGUGCCUUUGGCGUCGCCGCUGGUGCUGCCGGCGGCGCACUGGCUGCCAAGCGGGCGCUGCCGGCCAUCCGCGCCGCCAAGCUGCCGUCACUGGCGGACACCUCGCUGUCGCCCUCCGCAAAGUCCUUCUCAGCCGGCGGUGCCGCCGCCGGCGCCGCCGCCGCCGGCGGGGGCGCCGCCUUUUUCAAGAAGGCCGUCCUCCCAGACAUCGCGCCGGGCUCGUUGCCCAAAGCCCGGGGUGCGGCACUGCCGCCCAUUGCCGCCGCCGCCCGCGGCGCCCGCGGCGGCGGCACACUGUCGCCGUUGGCGGCGCACCCGCCGCUGGCCGGCGAGGGCGCCUCCGCCGGCGGCGCCGCCAGCCCAGACGGCGGUGCCACGUCUCCCACCUUCGACCCCUUCGCCAAAUCCAAGCUCCCUGACCUGCCCGCCCACCGCUCCGCCGGCGGCGCCGCUGACGUCAGCAUGGAGGCAGGGGCCGGCGGCGGCGGCGGAGGCGGCGGAGGCGGAGGCGCGCUGGCGGCGGCGGGCCUGGCGGCGGCGGCUGGCGGCGCCGCGGGCGCCAGCAUGGUGCCUCCGGGCAUGAUGUCCACUGCCAGCCUGGACGCGGCCACUGCGCGGGAGCUGGUGCGGCAGUUGGACGCGGCCAGCAGGACGGCGGGCGCGGGGGCGGGGCUGGAGCCGCUGGUGGAGGAGGCUCACGGCUCGGGCCCCUCCCUGUCUGUGGCCCAGCGCGGAGGCCACCUGUCCGCCUCGGGGCUGUUCGUGCGCAGCCCCGCCGCGGUGGGCCCGGGCGGCGGCGGCGGCGGCGGCGGCGGCGGCGAGGGGGUGUCGGCGGGGCAGGUGCCCACACUGCUGGAGGACAACAUGUCGGCGGAGCUGCCCGCAGGCACCGCAGCAGCGCUCAUGGCGGCGGCGGCGGCGGCCGGGGGCGGCGCAGCCAUGCACCGUGCCGGUGCCGCCACCCCUGCAGCCGGAGCCGACGGCACCGGAGCCGCCGCCGCCGCCGGCGCAGCCGCUGCUGCAGCUCCCCCCAAAGGCUUCUUCUCCCGCCUCUUCGGCGGCUUGUUCGGGGGCGGUGGCGGCGCAGCCGCCGCCAAGUCCGGCGGCGGCGCCGUCAGUGGCGCCGCCGGAUCUGUGCCUGGCGAGGGCGGCGCACAGCCGCCGUCGCCGCGUGAGCUGCCGUCACUGGCGCAGCUGGAUCAAGAGGCGGCGCUGGCCACCGCCGCCGCCGGCGCCGCCGCCGGUGGCGCGCUGGCGGCGGGCCGCGUCUCCGCCAGCGGCGUGGCGGCGCGCAAGGGCAGCGGCAGCAGCUUCAUGUCAGCGGCCAGUGGCGGCAGCGGCGGCGCGUCGCCGUACGCCAGCGCCGCCGCCGCCGCUGGUGCGGGCGUCGCAGGUGGCGGCGCCGCCGGGGCUGUGGGUCUGGACCUGUCCAGCCCCGCCACCGCUGGCGCCGCCGCCGCCAGGGCUGGCGGCGGCUACUCUCAGGACGGCGGGGCAAGCCCCGGCGGCGGCGCCGGCGGCGGCAGUGCCUUCGCCACCUCGGCGGGCAGCGCCGCCGGCGCGGGCGCCGCCGCCGGUGCGGCUGCCGGUGCCGCCGCCGCUGGCGGGCGCGUGUGGAAGCAGGGCACCGGCCUGGGUCCAGAGGACGAGCUCGGUGCGGGCGGUGCCGCCAGCGCUGCCGACCCAGCCGUACGCACGGGUGCGCGGCUGUGGCAGCAGGGCAGUGGCGUGCCGGGUAGCGACUCCCCCAUUGCCGAGCCGCCGCCAGCCGCCGCCGGCAAGGCCUCCUCACUGCCCCCCAUCUUCAUGAAGACCAACGCCGCCUAUGUGCCGCCGCGCGGCGACGCCGGCUACAGCGGAGGGGACUUCGAGCCGGACCCUCAGUUCCCCGCCGCCUCCGGCCCCUCCGCCAGCCGAGCCGGCCGGGCCUUCAAGCGCCCCGGCGGCGGCCACGAGGGAGAGUUCGACCCCUUCGGCGCAGGUGCCGCCGCCGGCGCAGCUGGCGCCGCCGCCGCCGGCCACCGCACGGUCCGCUUCAACCGCCCCUCCGGCGGCCAUGACGGUGACUUUGACCCCGACGCGGCGGCAGCGGCUGGCGCCGCCGCCGGUGCCGCCACCGCCGCCGGACACCGUACGGCGCGUUUCAACCGCCCCUCGGGUGGCCACGAUGGGGACUUCGAUCCCGACGCAAUGGAUGCCGGAGCCGCCGCCGCCGUGGCAGGCGCCGCGGCGGCGGCCGGCGGCCGCAUGGGCAACUUCAAGCGCCCCGGCGGCGCCACAGACGGCGAGUUCGAUGCCGACGGCGCGGCGGCGGCGGCGGGUGCCGCGGCCGCGGCCGCCGCCGGCGGCAACCGCACCGUUCGCUUCAACCGCCCCGGCGACGCCGACAACGGAGGAAUGGAUGACGACGAGGCGGCGGCCGCGGCGGCGGCGGCACUGGGUGGCGGCGCCGCCGCCAAGGGCGCCCGUACGGUCCGUUUCAACCGCCCCGGCGACGGCCUCAGCGGCGGCUUCGACGCCGACCCCACCGCCGCCGCCGCCGGCCCAGCCGCCGCGGCGGCGGCGCCGUCGGGCAACCGCACUGUGCGUUUCAACCGCCCCGGCGAUGCUGGCGGCGGCGGGCUUGAUGACGAGGACGAGGCGGCGGCUGUGGCGGCGGCGGCGGCGCUGGGUGGCGGUGCUGGCGGCGGCGGCCGUACGGCGCGGCAGUUCCAGCGGCCGGACCGCGGCGGCUCGGGUGGCGACCUGGAUGCGGAGGUGGCGCCGCCGGCGGACGUGCCGGAGGAGGUCGUGUCGCCGGGCGGGGGCCUGCCGCCCAACCUGCGUGACUUCAACAGGCCCGGCAUGGGUGAGCACGACGGCGACUUUGACCCCGAGGCGGCGGCGGCGGCGGCAGCAGCUGGCGGCGCCGCAGCGGCCGGGACGGCGGCGGCGCUCGGCAAGGCCGCGCGCAAGAUCAAGUUUGCGCCCGAGCUGGCCGGGCUGCCCGAGGACGCGCCAGACGGCGGCGGCGGCGGCGGCUCGGAGCACAAGCCGCCCAGCCGCGCCGGCAGCCAGACCGGGGCGGGCCAUCGCAGUGUGCGGCAGUUCCGGUUCGCGGACACGCGCGCCGGCCGCUCCAUCCGGCCGGGCGACGUGGACUUUGAUGACGAGGACGAACUGCUGGACGGGGGGCAGGAGGAGGCGGGGGCGGGGGGCAGGCAGGAGGCGCUGCCGGAGAACGCCACAGAGGAGGAGCGGCGCGCACACGCCAUGCGGCACGCGCGCACGGGCGCCUUUGGCGACGUGGGCCGUAUCGGCCCGGUGGACAACAUCCAGCUGCAGCGGGAGAUGCGGCGGCGGGCGCUGCUGGAGCAGAUGAAGAACAACGCCUGGGCAGGCAGCUUCGCGCCGCAGCGGGAGCCGGGGCCGGGGCCGGCAGGAGGAGACGCGUAGACGCACCACAGGGCCCGGGGCGCGGGGCCCGGGGCUGGGAGGAGACGCGUUCGGCGCGCCCGCAGCAGUGUGUGGGCAGCGUUGCCGGCGGCAGGUGGCAGGUGGUGUGGUACGUGCGGGGGCGGCUGUUUGUUGAGGGGCCGCGUGGGAGGAGGUGUGGGCUGUGUGUGUGAGGGGAGAGCGGUAGUGGCCCAAGCAAGUGGAGGAGGAGGAGGAAAUGAGGAGGUGCGAGCGGUGUGGUCGUGGGGUUUGGCCGACACCCGGCGGGCUCCAUGCACACACGCAUACAUACAUAUAUACACGGCCGCCACGCCGUACGGUGCGACACAGGCGUGUCAAUGCACGUGCCGUGUGUGCGUGGCGGGCCGCACGUACACACACACGCGUGUUCCUGCCAGCGGGCCUGCUGACGAGCGGCGCACGAUUGUUGAAUCUGCGUCAGGCACAAUCACAAAAUACACACACAUGCAUGCAUGCAGCGCAUGGGUAAGUGUUGCCGGCGUAUUCGGCCGCUGUGCUCACACGAUUUGUUAUCCUUUUGCUCUUCACUAUGCACGCAAGCAUUUGCUCUUCAUAUACGCAAUAAUCCAACACUGGUAUGGCCUGCCAACGUUGUUCUCAUCAAGUGCGACUCAGGGGUGCGACCCCUGGUGCGACUGUACUGCGGGGUCCCAAGAGAUCUCUUGGGUUGGGACAUUCAUGGGGAUACGCUGCAGGGGUCGGUUGGGUGUCGCUAAUGCGGUGUGCUGUUGCUGACCCGCACAUGCCCAUUUGCCAGCGUGAGCACGGCAUUCGAGUAUGCCCUUCCCGGCGAUGUCCUGGUACGGCGUCCCCAGGGCAUGUGGCGGCGAGCGGUGACGCCUGGUACCGGGGGGGGGGGUGGCGGUGGGACGGGCAGCAGCAAGCCAGGCGUGUGCACGAGGCCGCCGCUUGCAGGGGGCAUGUGUAUUUUUAACGUGUUCAUUCUCAAUCGCGACC